UGGAUCCAAUCCAAUCAUAAAUCAAAACAGGGAUUACAACCUGCUGCAUCCAAUCCAAUCGCCUUAUGGUUCACUGAAUUUGUUUCUCAAGGAAAAAGAUUAUUAAACAGAGAGCACCAACGAUUAUCUCAAAAUAAGGCUCUGUUUUACACUCUAAUUUCCUCACAGUUGAGCAGAAUCAGUAGUUAGCGACAGCCAUGAGACUUCAAACGGAUUGGAGAUUUUCACUUCGUUUUCUUCUUCUUCUUCUUUCAUUUUGCUACGGCAGAUCAGAUACCAUCACAUCAACAAAUUUCAUCAAAGACCCUGCAACUAUAGCUUCCAAUGGCAGUACCUUCAAGUUGGGAUUUUUCUCACCUUUAAAUUCUACCCGCCGAUAUGUCGGAAUUUGGCUCAACAACAUUUCCGUACAAACUAUAGUAUGGGUAGCCAACAGAGACAGCCCUCUGAACGACACUUCUGGGAUCUUCACAAUCUCAAAGGAUGGGAAUCUUGUGGUGUUGGAUGGAAACGACACCGUCCUCUGGUCUUCAAAUGUUUCUUCUCCUUUAGUGAACACAAGCGCCCAAAUUUUAGAUACCGGUAACCUCAUUUUGCAAGAUGCUGUUUCCGGGUUUGUUAUAUGGGAGAGUUUCCAACACCCUUCUAAUGUAUUCCUGUAUUCCAUGAAACUUAUCACAAACAAAGACAUGAACUCCAAAGACAAGGUUCAGCUUACCUCUUGGAAAAACCCUUCAGAUCCAUCUACAGGAAACUUUUUGUUUGGGCUGGAUGUUCAAUAUCUUCCAGAAUUGGUGAUUUGGAAUGGCCGUAAUCCUUAUUGGCGGUCUGGUCCAUGGAACGGUAAUACUUUUAUCGGAAGACCCGAAAUGACUGAUAUUUAUCUCUCAGGAUAUAAUCUUGUAAUCGGAGACAACACCUACACUCUCUCUACUCCUUAUCGUAGUGUUGAUAUGCAAGAAUAUGAAUUUUUAUCUUUGAGCUCACAAGGGAAUUGGGAGCAGAAGUACUGGGAUGCUAAGGAGGCGCAGUUGAAGAAUUAUUGGUCGGCUCUAGGAACGCAGUGUGAUUUUUAUGGUGCUUGUGGGACGGCUGGGAUUUGUGAUGUGAAAGCGUCCCCUGUUUGCAGCUGUAUAAAAGGGUUUAAGCCAAAGCAUGAAGAGGAAUGGAAUAAAGGAAAUUGGAGCAGGGGAUGUGUGAGAAAGACGCCAUUGAAUUGUACUCACAACUCCAACAACGCCACCGCUGAGGCUGCAGAUGGGUUUUUUAAAUUGGAAACGAUUAAACUGCCAUUUCUUGAACAGUGGUCCAAUGCCUCUUACUAUGAAGACGAAUGCAGACAAGAGUGCUUCACCAAUUGUUCUUGUACUGCUUAUGCAUUUGAAAAAGGUAUUGGUUGUAUGCUAUGGAGAAGGGAUGAUUUAAUUGAUAUACAAAAGUUUGAGAGUGGUGGAGCUGAUCUUUAUCUUCGAAUGGCGUAUGCAGACUUGGAUCAUACUACAAAUCAGGUAAAAGACAAGAAACGAAUUAUUAUAGCCAUAGUGCUACCAGGAACGUUUAUCAUCUUCAUUACCAUUGCCAUAUACUUUUGGUGGAGAUUGAAGACUCACAAACAUGAGAAGAAGACAAGUAUCAAAUCCAGCAAAAAGGGAAAGAUUUUGAAAUGCACAAGGGAUGAUGAUACGAUUGGGGAUGAAAUUGAACUCGAAGAGUUGCCUCUUUAUGAUUUUGAAGAGCUGGCAAUUGCAACAAACAACUUUGAUUUAAGUAACCAGCUUGGGCAGGGUGGCUUUGGUCCAGUAUAUAAGGGAAAAUUAUUAAAUGGACAGGAAAUAGCAAUAAAGAGACUUUCAAGAACAUCUAACCAAGGGUACGAAGAAUUUAUAACUGAAGUGAAAGUGAUUUCAAAAUUACAACAUAGGAAUCUUGUGCAGCUUCUCGGUUGUUGCAUUGAAGGAGAAGAGAAGAUGUUAAUAUAUGAGUAUAUGGCCAAUGGAAGUUUGGAUGCGAUGAUAUUUGACUCCUCCAAACAAAGCAUUUUGGAUUGGAAGAAGAGAUUUAAUAUAAUAGAUGGAAUUGCUCGAGGUCUUCUUUAUCUUCACAGAGAUUCGAGACUGAAAAUCAUUCAUAGAGAUCUCAAAGCAAGUAAUAUCUUGUUAGACAAAAAUUUGAAUCCUAAAAUUUCAGAUUUUGGCACGGCAAGAAUUUUUGGUGGCGAUGAAGUUGAAGCAAACACUAUAAGAGUUGUUGGAACUUAUGGAUAUAUGUCUCCUGAAUACGCAUUGGAAGGUCAAUUUUCAGAAAAAUCAGAUGUGUUUAGUUUUGGAGUUUUGCUACUUGAAAUUAUUUGUGGGAGAAGAAAUACAAAGUUCCACGAGCAUGAACAUGGGACAAGCUUGGUUGGAUAUGCAUGGAAGUUGUGGGUGGAAAACAAUCUGAUUCCUUUGAUUGAACCAACCAUACAUGAAUUGUGCUUCCAACCAGAGAUUUUGCGCUGCAUUCAUGUGGGGCUCUUAUGCAUUCAAGAAUUUGUAGAUGAUAGACCACAUGUGUCUACCAUUAUUUCAAUGCUCAACAGUGAAAUUAUAGAUCUUCCCUCUCCAAAACGACCUGGAUUUGUUGGCAAAUCACACAAAAGUGACAUGGAGUCAUCUGAACAAAAUCUAGAUAAAUAUUCUACCAAUAGUGUUACAUAUUCUGUAAAUAGUGGUACACCUACUGCAAUUACACCUCGAUAGUGUGUAAUUUCUCUAAGUUGGUAUAAUGGCGUGCACUUGCGACUUUAAGUCCAUGUGGAUUUUACUUUUCUUUUUUUUUUUCGUCCGAUUUCAACCUCCGAAUAAGUAUAUAUCUUUAUUGUUGAGUUAUGUU